GCAAUUUCAAUUUCAAUUUCAAUUCAAUCAUAGAAUCAAAAAGCCUCUUUUCUUCUAUUCUCUUCUCUACUUUGCUUAUCGCUUUCAACCUCACUCUCUCUCACCCACUCUCGUUCCGAUUCCCGCCGGCGGGAAACAACCUCAAUUCCGGUAACCCUUUCACUGGAAUUUCAAACCUUUACAAUUUUUUUGUGAUAACAACAAUUUCAAAAAAUAAGGGUUAGGUUAGGUUAAUCUAUGGCGAACCCUUCUGGCACUGGUGGUAAUCAUCAAGAACAACAUACUCAGGUGAAUCCUUCUUCUUUUAACGGCAAUUCCGUUCCUGAAACAUCUUCAGGUCUUGUUAUGAACAUGAAGCAUAAUCCUGGCAUAUCUCUUGAUUGGUCUCCUGAAGAACAAUCCAUUCUCGAAGAUGGACUCACCAAGUAUGCCUCAGAAUCUAGCAUAGCGCGCUAUGCAAAGAUAGCCCAACAGCUAAAUAACAAGACAGUCCGGGAUGUGGCGCUGCGAGUCAGGUGGAUGAACAAGAAAGAAAAUAGCAAGAGAAGGAAGGAUGAUCACAAUUUGUCUCGAAAAAGUAAAGAUAAAAAGGAAAGGGUUUCUGAUCCUGCAGCAAAAUCAUCUCAUUUUGCUGCUCGACCCAGUGUCCCUCCAUAUGCGCCACCAAUGAUUACUAUGGACAAUGAUGAUGGCAUCCCUUAUUCAGCAAUUGGAGGUCCCACUGCUGAGCUAUUAGAGCAGAAUGCACAGACCAUGACCCAAAUCUCUGCAAACCUUUCCUCUCUCCAGUUACAGGAAAACAUCAACCUUUUGUGCCAAACUAGGGACAACAUCAUCAGAAUUAUGAAUGAUAUUUUUUCUUUCCUCUUCAUUAUCGACAGGAUGAAUGAUUCACCAGCGGUGAUGAAGCAAAUGCCGCCUCUUCCAGUGAAGAUGAAUGAAGAGCUGUCCCGUUCCAUACUCCCAGGAACAUCUCUCCAUCCUCAGUCAUAAUGUUUUUUAUUCAUCGUUAACUGGCUUGCCUCUUCAUUGUUUCUUUCUACAGUGGGACCAAAGAUUUACUUUCGGAAAAAAGAAGAAAGAAUGAACAACUGUUGAUAAUCAUCAAGUUUAAUUAGUUUUCAUAAUAUUUUUUUUUUUCCAGAUGUUAGCUGCUAUUGUUCCCUUGUUUUUGCUCUAACUUAGUAGAGUACAAUAGGAGUUAUUUUAUAUUCAUGGUAUUUGAUUAAUUUAAAAUUAAGCAAUAAGAGCAAUAAGUUGUAGCAUAAUUUUCUUUAUCGUACAAUAAUAAAUUUAUUAUAUAUAAUGCAUCAA